AUUAACCCAUUACCGAUGCUUUUAAACUGAGAUAUACACGAAGCAGGGCGGCAAGGACAAACAACAACAAUCUUCCAAACCAACCUUCCUAUUUUUCCGAGCGUUUCUUGUAAUUUUUCUGGGGAGAAGCGUGUCUUAAAUAUUUUCUAUAUUUAUAAAACAAGAGUACCCCCCCAUAAAGCUCUAAAAUGUCGUCGUUUGCAAAAGAUUUUAGCAAAGCGAUGUCUCAGGCCGGUACUUCCCAAUUCCAGGAAGCGAUUAGACAAGAACUGGAAUAUUCCAUGAAAGUGGAACUGGACAAGAUACUUGGUACUGCACCACAGAAUGAAGUAGAGCACACCAAGAAAGAUCUAGAAGGGUUUAAAAAGCUCUUUCACAGAUUCUUACAAGAAAAGGGACCUUCUGUGGACUGGGAAAAAAUCCAGAGGCCUCCAGAAGAUUCUAUACAACCCUACGAGAAGAUAAAAGCAAGGGGGUUGCCUGAUAGUGUUGCUUCAGUCUUAAACAAGCUGGUUGUAGUGAAACUGAAUGGUGGUUUGGGCACCAGUAUGGGGUGUAAAGGCCCCAAAAGUCUCAUUGGUGUGCGAAAUGAAAAUACCUUCUUGGAUCUCACAGUUCAGCAGAUUGAGCAUCUAAAUAAAACCUACAAUACAGAUGUUCCUCUGGUUCUAAUGAACUCAUUCAACACUGAUGAAGACACAAAAAAAAUCUUGCAAAAGUACAGCCACAGUCGCGUGAAAAUCUACACUUUCAAUCAAAGCAGGUACCCACGGAUUAGUAAAGAGUCUUUACUACCAGUAGCAAAAGAUGUGUCCUAUUCAGGAGAGAAUACAGAGGCAUGGUAUCCGCCAGGCCAUGGGGACAUCUAUGCAAGUUUCUAUAAUUCUGGAUUGCUAGAUAAGUUUAUUGCUGAGGGGAAGGAGUAUAUUUUUGUGUCCAACAUAGAUAACCUUGGUGCCACUGUUGACCUCUACAUCCUUAACCACCUCAUGAAUUCACCAAAUGGAAAACGGUGUGAAUUUGUUAUGGAGGUCACCAAUAAAACGAGGGCAGAUGUUAAGGGUGGUACGCUCACACAAUAUGAGAACAAACUGAGGCUAGUGGAAAUAGCUCAGGUACCAAAACCACAUGUUGAUGAAUUCAAGUCUGUUUCAAAAUUCAAAAUAUUCAACACAAACAACCUAUGGAUUUCACUCUCUGCAAUUAAACGGCUACAGGAGCAGAAUGCUAUUGAUAUGGAAAUUAUUGUGAAUCCAAAGACAUUAGAUGGUGGUUUAAAUGUUAUUCAGCUGGAGACUGCUGUUGGUGCUGCCAUUAAAAGUUUUGAAAAUUCUCUGGGAAUAAAUGUACCCCGUAGCAGGUUUCUGCCUGUCAAGACCACUUCUGAUCUUCUACUUGUGAUGUCCAAUCUAUAUAGCCUUAAUGCUGGAUCUUUAACAAUGAGUGAGAAAAGGGAAUUCCCUACUGUGCCACUGGUCAAACUGGGAAGCUCUUUCACCAAGGUUCAAGAUUACCUGAAGAGGUUUGAAAGUAUACCAGAUAUGCUAGAAUUGGAUCAUCUGACUGUUUCAGGCGAUGUCACAUUUGGCAAAAAUGUUGCAUUAAAGGGAACUGUCAUCAUUAUUGCAAACCAUGGUGACAGGAUAGAUAUCCCACCAGGAGCUGUAUUGGAGAACAAAAUAGUCUCUGGGAAUCUUCGGAUCCUUGAUCACUGAUCCAAUAAGUGAACUAAUAGAGAUGUUGGUAAUAUUUCCUAGUUUCACAAGUGGAAGAACCCAUAGGCAUUAGAUUUGUACACAGAAGGUCUCUAUACUUAGCUAUCCACUCACUGUACCAACAGUAUUAUUUCUAAGUAAUUUUUCUGUACUUUCUUAACUGAAAGAAUAUUUAAGAUGCAGAUCUUUAAAUGAAUCUAUAAUUCAGCUAAUAUAAUCUAAAGUGCAAUAUUGUUUGUCUUAAGAAAAGGCAGGCAUCUCUUGUAUAAGAUGUUUUAACAUGCUGAUGUUCAAUGAGUUUUGAAUGGCUUGUACCUGAAAAGCUGUGAAAUAAGCUGUUAACUAUUAAGUGCAACCACCUUAUAAAGCAUAAAUGGCACCCAUGAUAAAACACUUAGAUGAUUUAUUAAUAUGGCACAUAAGCUGUUUAAAAUGUCUAGUACUUAACUGUUAACAUUGUUUUCCUUCCUACAGUUAAUACCUUCAAGCUAUAGUACCAUCACAGCAACGAUAGCAUUGCUCAGUUACCUCACUUUUAUCCUCCUCUAAAGCAGGAGUUAUUGCUCUCUUGUGUUUACCCAAAGAAGAGACACCUUAGAAUGUUACUCCUUUACUAUCACCCUCAUCUUCUAGCUUCUCUUACUUUUUAGCUAUUACUUCUUAAGAAAUCCUAAAUAUACUUCUAAAUAUGGGAAAAUAUCACCACUUCAGUGUACUUUAUGUUCUUAGAAUUAAAUCAUGUUUUGCUUGUUACAAACGUGGAAACAAAUUCCACACCUGUAAGGUACUGAAAUAAAUAACAUCAAGCCCCC